GGAUAGGGCUUUCGUGAUCUCAUGAACACCCAUAAUCUUAAUCCUAAAAGGCUAUAUUGAAUGAGAGUGAGAAAUUGAAGAAGUUGUGAGAGAUUGAAGAAUGGGACGUUCAGUACGAGAACAAGUGUGGUGGGUGGUGGCGAUUGUUACAUUUUUAGGGUUCAAAGGGGGAAGUAAGGCGUGUUCGGAAGAAGAGAGAGAAGCUCUUCUCAAACUGAAAGAAUCUUUCAAUCAUCCAAAUGGCUCGUCUCUUCCUUAUUGGAAUAACCUUACCAGUUCUGAUUGUUGUAGCUGGGAGGGAAUCAGCUGUGACAACACUCAGAGAGUGAUAAGCCUUCUUCUGAAUCAUACAAGAGGUCAAGAGUUGGAACACAUCAAGUGGUCUUUGAAUGUUUCUUACUUUCUCCCUUUCCAUAAACUCAGAGAUUUGGAUUUGUCUGGAAAUUACUUGUCAGGGCUAUUUGGCGAAAUUAGAUUGGACAACUUGCAAACUUUGUAUCUGGACGAAAACAUGCUCACGGAAAUCCCAUUCCUUGAUAUUUCUCUUUCCUCCCGCAAUUCGAAGACUUCGGCUUUCUCUUUCAAUUCCUCCUUGUUGGCCUUGUCCCUUUUAAAGAAUAGCCUGAAAGGCUCACUACCACGGCAAGGAGGCUUAUGCAAUCUGAAGAAUCUGAAACUAUUGUCUCUUGGCCAUAACAAGUUUGAGGGUCACCUUCCUUCAUGCCUCAAUCAUUUGACAUCUCUUCGGGUGCUUGAUCUUCAAUACAAUAGUUUUGAAGGACCCUUCCCUUCCUUGCUCUUUCAAUCUCUAAAGUCCCUCAGAAUCAUUUCUUUAGAAGAAAACCAUUUCACUGGCAUAGCAUCGCUUUCUUUGCUGGCCAACCACUCCAACCUUAAACUCUUCUCAAUUUCAUGCUCUAGUAAUCCCAGUCUCAAGCUCGAAACUGAAAAUCCCCCAUUUUUCCCUUCUUUCCAAUUAAAGAUUUUCAGCGUAGUCAAGUGCAAUAUGAAUGAAGUAAACAAUCACAGAAUACCCUCUUUUCUUCUUCAUCAACAUGAAUUGAGACUUCUGCAACUUACUUUUUUGAACUUUCCAGCAAGUUUCCCACAUUGGCUUUUGACAAACAACAGCAAGUUAGAUUCUUUCAAUGUCAGCAACAACUUAUUGACUGGUCCCUUUGAGCUCAACUCCACCUCAAAAUUACUUGACAUGCAAUAUUUUGAUGCUUCCUCUAACCCUAUUAAUGAUAAAAUCCCUCCUCAUAUUGGCUCUGUUUUUCCCAACUUGCUUUCUUUGAACAUGUCUUCGAGUUCCUUACAGGGUGAAUUUCCAGCUUCAAUCAGUGACAUGGGACAGCUGAACUCACUAGACUUGUCCAAUAACAAUAUGUCUGGCUGUUUACCCCAAGAAUUUGGGAAGGGCAGCAAUGAUUUGAGGUCUCUAAAGCUGUCAAACAACAACUUAAUUGGCCCAUGUUUACCAGUUGGUUCAAACUUUGCACAUUUGUUGUCUGUGGAUCUAAGUAGCAACAACUUCAAAGGAAAACUACCAGAUGGGAUCAGUAAGAGUUCGGAAUUAAGAAUGUUGGAUUUAAGUUCCAACCAACUCUAUGGUGAAAUGCCUAGCUGGAUUGGAAACUUAAAGCAUUUGAGUUACCUCAUUUUGUCUCAAAAUUCUAUGGUAGGUCCAGUACCAGAAAGCUUUUGCAAUUUGGUUGAACUUUCAUACCUAGACCUUUCGCAAAACAGAUUCAAUGGCACUUUUCCAAGCUGUGUGAAUAUGCCAUCAUUGAGGUACUUGCAUUUGCAGGGAAAUGAUUUUACUGGCCCCAUUCCUUCUGUUUUCGCCAAAUCUCCCAUGCUAUUAACUUUGGAUGUGGCAAAGAACAGAUUUUCAAGUCAAAUUCCCUGGUGGUUAAAGUCGAUGUUGAAUUUAAGAGUCCUUCUCCUAAAAGGAAACAAGCUUGAUGGUUCCAUUCCUAUGGAAGUGUGCAGGCUCAAGAACAUAAGCAUACUAGAUCUGUCACAAAACAUGCUUUCCGGAGGGAUACCACAUUGCUUGAAUAACGUCACAUUUAUAAAGCAGGAUGUGAUGGGAGGAGCCAAAAUAGGAAAAUUUGUUGUACCCUGGUCUACAAGAAGCCCGUUAUUUGUCAUAAAUGGUACAAGUGGUGAGCUUCUCCAAGGUGAAUAUGAAAAGAAUUUUUCAUGGUACGAGGAAAUAGUGGUGAACUUCAUGUCAAAAAGCAGGUACGAAUCAUAUGAAGGAAAUAUAUUAGAUUUCAUGGCUGGCCUAGACCUCUCGGACAACCAUUUGACAGUUGUACUCUUUGUCUGCCUUUUUUGUGGCUCACAAUAAUCUAUCUGGUAUGGUGCCUGACAUGAAAAACCAGUUUGCAACUUUUGAUCGAAGUUCUUAUGAAGGGAAUCCUUUUCUUUGUGGCCCACCUCUACAGCACAUUUGUUCAUCUCUUGAUGAACCAGCAGGGAGACAAAUACACCCACAUUCUGCUAAAGU